AUGGAUCAGCCAACGAACACGCAGACACCGCAUCAACACGAACCCAUCAGCUUCGGGAUUGAUCAGAUUUUAAAUAGUUCUGAUCAGGAGACCCCUUCCCAGCCCGCCCCCCGAGGACCAGACGGCGGCGGCGGCACCAAUUACCUGGGCAGCCCCGUGAGCAGCAGAAGCAGCGCCCCGUACCCUUCCCUCCCCGGCGCCUUUGCUGGCAUCGGGGCUCCCUUCGAAGACUCUGGAUCUUACAGUGUGAACCUCAGCUUGGCUCCAUCUGGCGUGAUCCGGGUGCCAGCGCACAGACCCAUCCCUGGGGCAGUGCCACCUCCAAUUUCUAGCGCCAUUCCAGCCAUGCCAGCUGUACCCAGCCUUGGCAGCCUCAAUUUCCCUUGGAUGGAGAGUAGCAGGCGGUUCGUCAAAGACAGAUUCACAGCGGCGGCGGCGCUCACGCCCUUCACGGUGACGCGGAGGAUCGGGCACCCCUACCAGAACCGCACUCCGCCCAAGCGCAAGAAGCCGCGCACCUCCUUCUCGCGGGUGCAGAUCUGCGAGCUGGAAAAGCGUUUCCACCGGCAGAAGUACCUGGCCUCGGCCGAGAGGGCGGCGCUCGCCAAGUCGCUCAAGAUGACCGACGCCCAAGUCAAGACCUGGUUUCAGAACCGCAGGACCAAGUGGCGGAGGCAGACGGCGGAGGAGCGGGAAGCCGAGCGGCAACAGGCGAGCCGGCUGAUGUUGCAGCUCCAGCACGACGCCUUCCAGAAGUCGCUCAACGAGUCGAUCCAGCCCGACCCGCUUUGCCUGCACAACUCCUCGCUCUUCGCCCUCCAGAACCUCCAGCCUUGGGAAGACGAGAGCGCCAAGAUCCCCCCCGUCACUUCCUUGGUGUAA